AUGUCAAACAGAUACGAUAGCAGGGAGAGCUGCAAUUUUUACUACAAAAUUGGUGCUUGUAGACAUGGUGACAAAUGCUCCAAGAGGCAUGUUCGGCCUUCCAGGUCUCACACGAUAGUGAUGUACAAUAUGCUGUACUUCCCUGCCGGCGGACUCGACAACUCACGGUUCGACGAGCUUUACGAGGACGUGUACAUCGAGGCAUGUCGGUUCGGUCCCGUACGGUCCAUGGUCAUCUGCGAGAACGGCAACGACCAUCUCAAGGGGAACGUCUACAUCCAUUUCGAGAGCGAGGAAGAUGCCCUGAGGGCAAGGGACAGUUUCAACACGCGCUGGUUUGACGAACGGCCCAUCUACUGCGACCUGACCCACAUUUCCGACUUCAGAGACGCCAUUUGUCGGAAGCACGACACAAGAGCGUGCGAAAGAGGCGACGAGUGCAACUUCAUGCACGUCAGGAGGCCUUCCACUAAGCUGAGAAUCGACCUGGAGAAGUCCCAGGCCAAGAAAUGGCACACCAGAACGCCUUGA